AUGUCUUCCAGUUUUCAUCAUCGGUUGCCGAAAAUCGAUCUACCGAAGUUUAGCGGGAAUGAAUUGCGAUGGAUAUCAUUCCGCGACAAUUUCAUUUCGAUGAUUCACUGCAACGUGGACAUACCGAUCGUCAACAAGCUGCAGUACCUAUUACAGUCGCUUGAAGGAGAAGCCAACCGUUCGAGUCGGUGGAUAUCCAAGCCGACGUGGGACGCGCUUAAGAAGCAUUACGACAACAAGCGGUUCCUCAGAAAGGAGCUCUUCCGUGGCCUAUACAACCUUCCACCGAUACAGCACGAGUCCGCACAAGACCUCAACACACUGGUUGAAGAUUUCCAGCGACACGUUAAGGUUCUGGGAAAACUAGGGGAACCGAUCGAGCAUUGGGACACUCCACUUAUCUUCAUCUUAACGAACAAGUUGGACUCAGCAACGACUCGCGCAUGGCAGCAGGAUACUCGACAGAAAGAUGAAGUGAAGUAUGACGAACUCAUCGAGUUUCGCGUCCACCAGGUACGGAUGUUGAAAUCCGUGGACAGCGAUCUUCAGCAUCGUUCCUUAGCGCUCACCGGUUCCAAGGUGUCCGGACAAAUCCCGAAGAAACCAGCUCCCAUCCGAUCUGUCGUGAACACAGCUACAUCCGAAACUCAAUCCAGCACUUCGCACAUGCCACUGUUGUUUGAGAACACAUCCGCUUCACCAAUGUCCAGCAUUUUCGAACCUGUCAAGCUUCCCACGGCGAGAGCUAGACCCAUCAGGCUAGAACCUGUAAAUCUGAGUUAA